UCACUCCCGGGCUCAUCCUGGGGGCCAAAACUCUGCUCUCGGACAGACAGUGAAACAAGACGGAAAAGGAGGAGGCAUUGCCGUCCUACCUCUUUGCUGCAGGAAGUCCAUACCAGUGUAGAACAAGAUGCGCUGCACUCGUUCCAACGUCAGCUCCUCAACUUGGAACGAGUGCAGGAAGUCCAUACCAGUGUAGAACAAGAUGCGCUGCCUCCACCGGCAUCGCUCCAAAAACGGACUCGUACUUUCCAAAUCGAUGGAGUUUUCUUUCUCUGGAGGAGCUUAUCACUUUACAAAGAUCCGAAAGGAUACAGACCAUAGAGAGUAACCUUUGACUAGACUAAUAAUUGGUCGAAAAACAGACAAGAAAAAUCUCAUCGGACCGCCUGGACGCCGCCUUUCUGGAGGUUCAGAACUUUAGAAGAUUCAUUCAUCCACGUUGCCGACUCCACGAGUCCAUGGCUGACGUUAGAGCAUGCGUCACUAGCAAGAGGUGACCAAGUUGAUACGCUGCACUCGUUCCAACGUCAGCUCCUCAACUGAACUGCGGAAGAUAUAUAUAGCAAUAGCACCAAGUGCUAUAUACACAUUGCAUCGCCACCACCAAAUCCCCCCAGCUUCACGUCUAAGUGCCACAGCCGAUCAGCCAUGAACUUCGCCGGCAGCGGCGAUGGCCGGAGUGGCUCCGCAAGGGCACACUUCGUGCUGGUACCGAUGAUGGCUCAGGGCCAUACCAUCCCCAUGACCGACAUGGCACGCCUGCUGGCAGAGCAUGGCGCGCAGGUCAGCUUCAUCACCACGCCGGUCAACGCCGCAAGGUUGGAGGGCUUCGCCGCUGACGUGAAGGCGGCCGGCCUGGCGGUUCAGCUCGUAGAGCUCCAUUUCCCGGCUGCAGAGUUCGGUCUACCGGACGGGUGCGAGAACCUAGACAUGAUCCAAUCAAAGAACUUGUUCUUGAACUUCGUGGAGGCAUGUGCCGCGCUUCAGGAGCCGCUCAUGGCGUACCUUCGUCAGCAGCAGCGCUCGCCUCCUAGCUGCAUCAUAUCUGACGUGAUGCACUGGUGGACCGGUGACAUCGCAAGGGAGCUCGGCAUCCCGAGGCUCACCUUCAUUGGCUUUUGUGGCUUCUCGUCCCUUGUCAGGUACAUCAUUUUUCACAACAAUGUAUUGGAGCAUGCCACAGACGAAAAUGAGCUCAUCACGAUCCCGGGGUUUCCUACACCUCUAGAGUUGAUGAAGGCUAAGUUACCUGGAACCCUUUCUGUUCCCGGUAUGGAGAAAAUCCGUGAGAAGAUGUUUGAGGAGGAGCUGAGAUGCGAUGGUGAGAUCACUAAUAGCUUCAGAGAGCUCGAGGCAUUGUAUGUUGAAUUCUAUGAGCAGAUAAGGAAGAAGAAGAUCUGGACGGUCGGGCCAAUGUGCCUCUGCCACCGAAACAGCAACACAACGGCUGCAAGAGGAAACAAGGCGUCAAUGGAUGAGACACAGUGCUUGCAAUGGCUUGAUUCAAGGAAGCCAGGCUCAGUGAUCUUUGUGAGCUUUGGUAGCCUCGCUUGCACUACACCUCAACAGCUUGUUGAGCUGGGACUGGGACUUGAAGCCUCGCAGAAACCGUUUAUUUGGGUGAUAAAAGCAGGUCCUAAGUUUCCAGAAGUCGAGGAAUGGCUCGCGGAUGGGUUCGAGGCACGCGUCAAAGAUAGAGGCAUGAUCCUAAGAGGCUGGGCGCCACAAGUGAUGAUCCUGUGGCACCAAGCCAUUGGAGGAUUUGUUACGCACUGUGGGUGGAACUCAACAAUAGAGGGCAUCUGUGCAGGUGUGCCCAUGAUCACUUGGCCGCACUUUUCGGAGCAGUUUGUGAAUGAGAAGCUGGUGGUGGAUGUGCUGAAAAUCGGGGUGGAGGUCGGAGUGAAAGGAGUUACACAGUGGGGAAGUGAAAAACAAGAGGUUAUGGUUACAAGAGAUGCCGUGGAGACGGCUGUGAACACCCUGAUGGGUGAGGGGGAGGCUGCAGAGGAGCUGAGGAUGAGAGCAAAAGACUGCGCCAUUAAGGCAAGGAGGGCUUUUGAUGAGGAAGGUUCUUCUUAUAACAACGUAAGGCUGUUAAUUCAAGAAAUGGAAAACAAGACGAAUCCAUGUGAUUGAUACAGAUGGUAAUAAGCUCACUUUUUUGGUGUAAACAUUAAGUGAAAGAUCCUAGAAUACAUAUAUAUCAUCAUAAAGAAUUUUAUUUUACAAAUAACCACUAGCUUGUACCAGGCUCACAGGUGAGCCCUAAUUAUUUAGAGAUUAUAGAUGAUCUGGAAGACAGCAAUAUCAAUUGUCCUCUCUGGUAUGCUCUUUCGUGGCAAUCAACAUAAUUUUU